CACGCCCACUGCUGAAUGCGGAAGUCACCAGUUGCUGCUGUUUUUGUGCAUGAAGGUAGAUAAAGAACAAAUCUAAGGCUAUUGUUCAUUUUAUUUUUGUUGGCUGGUGUAGUUAUGACUUUUAUUAUUUGAUCUAAGAUGUUUUGUGGCAUCUAGUGUUCUGUUAUUCUCCAUCAGGGCAUUUUUUUGCUUGCUAACUGAACAACAGGUGUAGCUGACAUUUGCUAGCUAGUUAGCUACCUGCUGACGUACCUUACAGGUUUUAGAGAACUUUCCCUUGAUGUGAACUGAAGAUAGUACUGCUCCCCAACAUGCCACAUACACAAGCACACAGAUACACACUGAUUACAAAGUGUGCGUGCAUGGUCAUCACACUACUCUUUGCCUCUGGACAUGCAGAAGAGAUCACUAAAGAUGGAACACAGAACCGUUCUCUGGUAUCCAUCCACCACCUUGCCAGUUUACCUACUCUCCGGGAUAUCGUAGUGAAAGAGGGAGCCAGCACUCUAAUUGAGUGCAAUGUCACUGGAAAGCCAGAUGACAUUCAGUGGUACAAUUCCAAAGGGCACGUUCUGGAUCCGGAAGAGGGAGGUGGGAAAUGGCUGAUUCAGGACAAGGGCGUUUUAAAUAUCACAACGGUCAGUUUUGAAGACCGAGGCCGGUACACCUGCAUAGCUUCCAGCUCGGCAGGGACCUCCAACUACACCAUCACCUUACGGGUGGCCUACAUCCACAGCGGCCUGGGCCUGUACUAUGUCAUCGUGUGUCUCAUCGCCUUCACCAUCACCAUGAUCCUCAAUGUCACGCGCCUCUGCAUGGUCAGCAGUCACCUGAAGAAGACGGAGAAGGCCAUCAACGAGUUCUUCCGCACCGAGGGAGCUGAGAAGCUCCAGAAGGCCUACGAGAUAGCCAAGCGCAUCCCCAUCAUCACCUCAGCCAAGACCAUGGAGUGGGCCAAGGUCACCCAGCUCAAGACCAUGGAGUUUGCCCGCCACAUGGAGGAGCUGGCCCGCAGUGUGCCACUUCCCCAGACCAUCCUCAGUUGCAGGGCCUUUGUGGAGGAGAUUAUGGAGACGGUGCACACCUCGGUGGGGGCGACAAGCCUCCAGAAAGCUAUAGAGCCAGCUAACCCAGAGGGGAGAGGUAAAACCUGUGAGGUCCAGAUGUCAGCGGAGCAGCAGGGCCCAGCAGCACAUGGCAGAGAGGAUGGUGAUGGUGUUGAUGGUACCAUUGAAAACAGCCUGGACAUUGAGGUGUCUGUCCACCCUAUUUCCAAGUGUGAGGAUGAGAAGUGGGCUGAAGGGGAUGAGGUGUCUGUACCCAUGCUGGGGCCAUGCUCCAGUGGGAGUGUGGCUUAUGAAAGUCACAUUUAGUCGUGCCAGUCAGGUCUUUUUCCAGUUAGUUGAGAGGUCGAAACCAAAGGGCUGCUCAGAUGGCAACCACAGAUGGUGGGAGUUGAGGUAUUUUGUGUCUAGUAUGCUACUGCCUCUAUUUCAUAGAGAAAAUACACUGGAUGAAACCUAAAGAUGUUUCAGAGAUGAGAUAGGCCUUGUGGUUACUUCUCUACCUGAUAGCAGUGGUAUUUGAUAACAAUGGUGGGAGGUGAGGAGAGGAUUGUGUUCAGUUUUUACAUCUUUAUUUACUUCACUACUUGCUUCAGUUUAAAGGAAGGCUUGAUUUGGUUGUUUGCUUGUGUGGUUGUAUCUUAACAAAUUAGAAAAAAGUAGAAACCUGCACACUGCUCUUGCUAGUAUCGCUGCUCUUUAUUAAGUUUUACGUAUUUUUUCUUCAAAAAGCUCUGACGAAGGCCUUGAGGCCGAUAUGUAAAGCUUAAUAAAGAGCAGUGAUACUAAUGAGUAGUGUGUGGGUUUCUUCUUUUUUCUCAUCUUAUUCAACUAUGCACCUGCAACAGAGAUGGCUUAGAUGUGCGAGUGCCUUUUUGAAUUUUUUAUCUUAACAAAUAACAUGUUGUAAUCGCUGUUUAAAAUCACUUGGAAUAUGGGUUGCACAAGGCAAUCUAGCAAAUUAAGUAGCAUUUGACUCGGGGUAAUGGGUGUAAUCAGUGGUAUAAAGUACUUAAGUAAAAAAUACUUAAAGUACUACUUAAGUCGUUUUUUGGGGUAUCUGUACUUUACUAUUUAUACUUUUGAAAACUUUUACUUUUACUUCACUACAUUCCUAAAGAAAAUGAUGUACUUUUUACUCCAUACGUUUUCCCUGACACCCAAAAGUACUCAUUAUGUUUUGAAUUUUUAGCAGGACAGGAAAACGGUCUAAUUCACACACUUAUCAAGAGAGCAUACCUGGUCAUCCCUACUGUCUCUGAUCUGGCAGACUCACAAAACACAUGCUUCAUUUGUAAAUUAUGUCUUGAGUGUUGGUGCUUGCACCUAGCUAUCCGUAAAUUUAAAAAACAAGGAAAUGGUUCUGUCUGGUUAACUUAAUAUAAGGAAUUUGAAAUGAUUUAUGCUUUUUAUUCUCAAGUAUAUUUUAGCAAUAACAUGUACUUUUGAUACUUAAGUAUUUUUAAGACCAAAUACUUUUAGACUUUUAUUCAAGUAGGAUUUUGACUGGGUGACUUUCACUUUUACUUGUGUCUUUCAAUUAAGGUAUCAUUUACUCAAGUAUGACAAUUGGGUACUUUUUCCACCACUUGGUGUAAUUCUGCUAUCUUUCCAGUUGGUGGGGGUGUUGCACAACCUUUACAGAGCCAACUGUUUGGUCUCUGAGGUGGAACAAGAAAAAUACUACUUUGUCAGUUUAAAGGUUAUAUUGGAUAACUAUAGGGCCAUUUGAUACUAAGGUUAAAUAAACAUCUCAUUAUUUCUCAUGAGUCACACCUAAUGGCAUGUGCUCUACAUACAUGAGUCCUACUUGCCUACCUGUGAAACAGGUUUGUAUUCUAGAAAUGACUAUACAUUGUUAAAAUUACAUUUGAAUAUAUUCAGGUUAAAUGGCAGUCAGACUGUAACUUACUUGGCUUCAGUGAAGUAAACAGUGAUAACUAUGGGGACAAACUAGUACAGGGACAGACACAGUGUGAUGCUCUUUCUACCUCUUCUUUCUUCAGUGUGUUUUGAGGGCUGAUUCAUUGAAUUUGACCAAAGAUGGGUAAUAUGCUAAUGACUUAAUUCCUUCAUCAGCCUCAAGUAUAGAACACAUUAUGAGUUGGCUGAAUGAGUAGUGCUUCUCUGGCACUCUUAUCUUACUGAAGAACUUUGAACAAAUGCACUUCAACAGUGGAAGAUUAGCUCUAUUUCUCACCGCUGUUGGUCCAAAGGUGUGUGCUUGUGUGUUUUGGGGUGUGUGUUUGUGUGUUUACCUACAGUGAUUCAUUGGCCCAGUCCAAAACAAUUGAUUGUUAUCAGGGUGAAAACAUUGGGUGCCAACUCAUUAUAACCUGCUUUUUAAUGUUUGGAAUUGUAGACCUUGAAGUCUAACUUGCAGAGCUCACAAAUGAAGUGUUUUAAAAUAGUAAUAAAUAUGUCUAAAAACAGA